AUGAUCUCAAAUAUUCCAAACGAAGCAGACGAACAAGAGUCAAUUGUGACAAAAAAAGAGACACCUAUCCAGGAUUGGUUUAGUUAUGAUGAAUAUGAAGAUAUGCCAGACGUAGAUUUACGUCCGAAUGUGAGUGUAUUCAACAGGAGAAUGUACACAAUUAGCGAUACAGGAGGACUCUACCAUAAAUUUAAGACAGUCAACAAGCUUAUAAAAUCUCAAGAUGAAUUAUGCCAUUUAGAUACAAAUGCUUUCUUUUUUUUUUUCAAAUUUGUUAUAUAUUCUUACUCUAAAAUACUAUAA